ACGGGUUUCCUGGUAUUAGUGUGACUAAUAUUUGAAAAUCUUUAUCGAGGGAACCACUUUGACCUGUUUUGUCUGUUAAAAAUGUAACUUGUCGCCUCGUUUUUUAAAAGCUGUAUCGGUUCUGUCCCUGUCAGACGGAGGCCCUAUGGAAUUUGCCUGUGGGUUUGUUUAUGUACCGCCUUCACUGAGCCAGAGAGAAGUCCAACGAUCCACCGCCAAUGUUGCUAAACGCUCAGCCCUCCUUCCUCCUGUUAAACACCUCCGUCCUCGUACCCCUCCUCCUCCUCCUCCAACCCAACCACUAGAUCCCAAAGUCAAAGUGCAGCAGUCUGCUGCUUCUUCUCAUAAGAUCUCUGAACAGCUGGAAAAAAGCCUAAAAGUGUUUCACAGGAGACCACAGCCAUCGUUUACUCCCACUGGAGCAGAUUCUCCGGUGAUGGCACAUUCUCAAAAGACAGUUCUUCUGCCAUUAUAUGUGAAGUCUACAUCAAAUACUGAUUCCUACAAACACCCUGAACAUCCUCACGCCUCCUCCGACACCAAGAAUCCGACAUUUGACUAUAACCGACCAAAAUAUGAACCUGAAUCAAACAUGGACAACUUCUACUCCUACACAUUUCCAGAAGGCUCAGCUGGCCUAACUCUGCCUCCAAGACCUUCAUUUAUGCAUCUCACACCAGAGUAUGUGAUGGUGUUACCCUCAGCUGUCUCAACUCCUACAAGUCCUCAGAUGCCUCCUUUACCCAAGCCACCGUUGUCUACAGCUAAAGAUAAGGAGCCUCUGCUGGGAAACCCGAAUGUUGUUCUUAUCAGUUUAGGAAAAUUGCUCUCAGAGGAAAGAGAGUGGCCCACACAUGGGGAGCCCAAGUUGUGCUCAAAGUGUGGCUCGGUACUGGACAGCAGGCAGAAGGAUGAGGUUAAGGCGUGUUACUUUUGUAAAUUUGGGGAUUUAACCAGACCUCCCAGUUUGUCCAAGUGCCCUCUAAAUGGCCAGAAAGAUGAGCUCUUUCUGCUAACCCCUCAUGAACAUCCUCUGUCUCCUUCUAAUUCUCUGCUGCUCUUCUGCAUCGACUCAUCGGGCUCUAUGAGCAUCACCUCCAAGGAAGCGGGCCAGAACAGCCACAGGUCCAGGCUCCAGUUUGUUCAAGAAGCUGUGCUGCAAUGUGUUCAGAAACUUAGUGACCAACAGCCUGAAGUUCGAGUGGGACUCAUCACAUUCAAUUACCAGGUCACGAUGCACGGAUGCAACCAUUUUCAAUCACAGCUUCUCAGUGGUUCUGAGUUGAACGACAGCAGCUUUCUGAUGGAGGCUGCAGCAGGUUUUCCCAUUCCUCCUCCACUGUCACAGACCAAAGAUUGCUUACAGAGACAGAUUUUAGGAUUAUCUGCAAAUGGAGAAACAGCUCUGGGUCCAGCUGCUCUCCUAGCCAUUGCAAUGGCCUCCAGACUGCCAGGCUCAAAGGUGAUUAUCUGUACAGAUGGAAAAGCCAACGCAAAGUUAGGGAAUCUAGAGGAGGAGGACAACGACGCUCACGCCCUCCUCUCAUCCACUAUCUUCUACCAGGACCUCGGAGAGUCCGCUGCUAACCAGGGAGUGACCGUGUCCGUGCUGUCUAUAAAAGGAACUGAGUGCCGGCUGGAUGAGCUGGGAAGACUGGCAGAUCGUACUGGAGGGAAAGUGGUAAUAGCCAGCCCCAACCAGCUGCACUCAGAGUUCGAAGAGAUUAUUCAAGAUAGGACCAUAGCUACACACUGUGCAAUAACGUUACUGCUGCCCAAAUCUCUGCGGAUGAAAGGAGAGAGGGAGGCGGGACACAAAGGGACCAGAGAGGUGGGAAAUGUGAACAAUGAUACUGAGGUCACCAUCCAGUUUGUAGCUAAUGAAGACAUAGAAGUGGUGGCACCAGCCUCUGGUAGCCGUGUCUUCAUUCAGCUGCAGAUCCGAUACAAGAAGAACGGACAGGCUCUGCUCAGAGUGUUUACUGCAGAGAGAGAAGUUACUGACGACAGUUUGGCGGCCCUGUCCUCCCUCUCCCUGGCCAUCGUUCAGCUCAACUUGUUACAGACCACCGCCGCUCUGGCUGUCAGAGGCCGCUUCCUGGACGCCAGAAAGGAGGGAGCUCUGCAGCAGAAGCUUAUUGAAAGAGCGAUAGAGUAUAAUCAGAGUUCAGAGGACGAACAGACGUACCAGCAAUGGAUUAAAACCAUGGAGCCCAUAAACAAUAACAUACAUACCCUAACAAGGAGGAGCACUGUAAUAUCUGACUCUGAGCCUCUAACAGACGCUGGUGCAGCACUGCUCAUCACCAUGAAGCACAGCAACAGGAAGUCCAUUUCAUUGAAGGAUAAACACCGACUAUAGCUGGCGGUCUCCCUCCACUGUUUACCUCUCUGGAUGCAGCCAGACAGCCAUGCAUGACAGAGCUGAAUGUUACACGCCUUCCCUGACUUUCUAUAGAGACAAUACAUUUUUUAAGCAUUUUUAAAGCUUGUUGUAUAUUGAAAUAUAAGCUAAUUCAUUUUCUGAGGUGUUGUUUUUGGAACCAGCUGGUUACACGAUACAAUAGAUCAAUAUGCAGCUGAAACUACGAUUUCUAUGGUUCUCAAGCAGAAGUAAACCUCUGGGUUGUUUACAUGUAAAACUGAAACCUAAGCAGACAAGAACAGCUUGUUAUAUUAACACAUAUGGAUUAUCUGCAUUUAAACUGGCAACAUGAGCAAUGGAGCAAUGUGUGAAAUAAGAUUAAACAUAAAUAUGCAUUUAAAUGGAUUUAUGUGGAGCUGGCAUCAUUAAACCAACACCUAACUCUGAA